CAUGUACAUUGUUACAUUAUUAAUUACCCUUCCUCUUAUUGUCUACUCUUACAGGACAAGCAAAGAAAGCGUACUUUCCGAUUACCUUCUUAUCUAUUCCUCUUAUGUUGAUGUGUAAACGCAUAUUCCAGAACAUGCCCAUCUUGCUUGUAUUGUAGUCAACUUUCGAGGCACUUAAAAUAGUAGAAAAUGAAACUUGCACUCCAUGACUACGUCUUAUUGUUUAUGUACAAAUGGCAAACUAUUUCUGUUGGAUGCGAUGUUGGUUUGUUAUGUGAUUUCAAUAUCGGAGAAACAAGGGCAAGUGAUUUAAUAAAAAUAAGAUAACAGAAGCAGGUGGGGAGAUUUGGAGGCAUGGUGAGAUUAUCUCCGUUUGAAUUUAUCUUGUUUAUGGGUCUGAUUCUCAUUUCAGCUCCUGGGACCCGGGCAUGGAGCAAGGAGGGUCAUAUUAUGACCUGUCGAAUUGCACAGAGUCUUCUGGAGUCUGAGGCAGCUCAUGCUGUGGAAAAUUUGUUACCUGACUAUGCCAAUGGUGACUUAUCAGCCCUGUGCGUGUGGCCUGACCAAGUCCGGCAUUGGUAUAGAUACCGUUGGACAAGCUCACUUCACUUCAUUGACACACCCGACGAGGCUUGCACCUUUGAGUUUUCAAGGGACUGCCAUGAUUCUCAUGGAGUGAAAGACAUGUGUAUUGUUGGUGCCAUCCAAAAUUUCACCUCUCAGCUUUUGCACUACAGAGAAGGAACCUCUGAUCGCCGACAUAAUAUGACAGAGGCCUUGUUGUUCUUAUCCCACUUCCUGGGAGAUGUCCAUCAGCCAAUGCAUGUUGGAUUCACGAGUGACGAAGGAGGAAACACCAUAGAGUUACGUUGGUUCAGGCACAAAUCUAAUCUACACCAUGUAUGGGAUAGGGAGAUCAUUCUCACAGCUCUAAAAGAUUACUAUGAUAAGGACAUGGAACUCCUUCUAAAUGACAUUGUCGCUAACUUCACAGAUGGAAUCUGGUAUGAUGAUGUAUCAUCAUGGAAAGACUGUAACAAUCUCCAUACCUGUCCAAACAAGUAUGCUACCGAGAGUAUUAACAUAGCUUGCAAAUGGGGUUACAAAGGUGUCAAGGCUGGUGAAACUCUAGCAGAUGACUAAUUCAAUUCAAGGAUGCCAAUUGUCAUGAAACGUAUAGCUCAGGGUGGAGUCAGGUUGGCCAUGAUCUUGAACCGCAUUUUUGGCGACUCUGAUGAGGGACUUGCAACUGCAACUUAAUUAAGCCCUUACCGCCACGUUUGACACAUUCUUAACUCAGCCUCCCUUGCAUUAAACCCAGCUCACAAAAAUCUGUAUUAUUGAUUUCAUGAUCCAACAAACUGUCUUUGUUUACAUAGUCGAUGACACGUGAUAAUAAAUUAUUCCUGUUAUUUAAGAACAGUUGACCAAUAGAUGAAUUGCCCAUGCCAAUCACGCCAAGUUUUAGUAUGCUUAUGCACAGUAGAUGAGUAGCAAGAGGGGAAUAAAUUAUUCUCCAAAAUAACAAAAGAAAAUCAAUCAUAAAAAGCAGUCUCGGGGUGGCGGGAGACAAGUCAGAAAUGCAAGUCAAAUUUUGAUACAUGACUAAAACAGCGCCGUUGAAACGUGAGAAACAACUCAACAAGGUCUGAUCUGAGCGUCAGCAGCAGCCAGAAGGCCCGACAACGACAAGUUUUAAAAGCUGUCAAUUUGACUAAAUAUAAAAUAUCGCUUCUAGUCCUAGAUUUUCUCAAGUUGAAUCUGCCCUCUUCAUUUAACAUUCCACAAU